GCAAAGCGCGAAGACGUCGUUUGUUGUUUAUUUUCGAGCUGCUCUUUUUUGCCUUGCCUUGGCUCUUUGUUUAUUUUUUGUUUGGGACUUCAAGUCGCGUUCGGGCAGCGUUUAUUUUUACUGCCUUUUCGUUGAGCGCUUGUGAUUGAAAUUCUGCCGCAGUACUAGUACCCAUCGUGGGGUCGAAAGAAGUGAAAAACCAUCGAGGAAGCGACUCGAAACAGUCACAUAAUUGCAGUCGGCGAUUCGAAACGCUUCGAAUGAGCUUGGAACGCCUUGAAAAAAACGUCAAACGGGCCGGGCAAUUGCCAUUUGCAACCCAGCAAUUGCGGAUCGAAUUCAACUUGAGUCAAUUGUGCCACCACCGAGCCACCUGUGUGUUUUCCCGAAGGUCGACCGCAUCUUUACAGGCUUUCUACUCUGCGUCACUGCCUCAAGAAUGUGUUAAUUCGGUGAUUCGACGUCAACAACAACCGCGACUUCGGCCUAUCCGGCGAUAACAACAACAGUUUGCCACCUGAUCUGAUUUGCAUAAAAAAGUAAACAAACGCGGAUCGUAAAAGCGAGAUAAAAGAGCUAAAGAAAAAAUAUACAAAAAAAAAGCAGUUCCAUAUAUUUGAUCGUAGAUAACGCAUACGUUAAACAUCAUUUAUUGACUGAUGGAUUGAAUGAACAAUCAAAAUUAAAAAAAAAACGAAAAGGAAAAGAAUUAAAUCAUGGGAGUGCGACCGCAUUGUAAGCGCAUGGAGCUGAUCUUGAUGGUGCUGAUUGGGAUGGCGUGGGGUGUUCUUCUUUCGGCGUUGAUGAAGCGGGACCAUUGGCAGUAUCGGGGGGAUCCACUGAGGGGGGAAAGCAGUCCCUUUCCAAGCAGUCACAGGAGCAUGCCCAGUCCCAACACCACUACAAUCCAUCCGCUUCCUGAUAUCCCAUCCGCCCGGCUCUUCAACGAAACUCGAGUUCUGUGCCUGGUGAUGACCAGUCCCAAAAACCACCAGAGUCGCGCCAUCCACAUCCAAGGUACCUGGGGAACGCGCUGCAACAAGCUGAUCUUCAUGAGCACCAAGGCAGAUGAGCAACUGGGAACAGUUGUCCUCAAUGUGAGGGAGGGCUACUCUAACUCAUGGCCUAAGACAAGGGCAUCGUUGGAGUAUGUCUAUAAACGUUAUUUUCAUCAGUACGACUGGUUCCUGAAGGCGGAUGAUGAUACCUAUGUUAUAAUGGAAAACCUACGUGCCCUUUUAUAUGCCCAGAGUCCCAAGAGGCCAAUACUUUUUGGUGACAAGUUUCAAACGCAUGUUAAGGAGGGUUACACUUCUGGAGGGUCGAGUUAUGUCCUGAGCAGAAUGGCCCUACAUCGACUGAUAAAGCUGGGCUUCAGCAACAGCAGUAUUUGCACCAACCGGAACUACGGCUACGAGGAUGUGGAACUAGGACGAUGUCUAUCAGCUGUGGGCGUAGCUACUGGAGAUUCCAGGGAUGAAAAUGGUUUAAGCAGAUUUAUCCCCAUCUCACCGCUUCAUUGGUAUUCGCAAGCGCUACUCAAUAAUGCAACCCCAGAUAACACCAACGAUUGCUGCUCCAACACGGCCAUCUCGUUUCACUUUAACAACGCACUGGAGUUUUACAUGUUGGACUAUGUUCUGUACAAGCUAAGAAUAUUUGGCAUAAACAACGUUCAAGAUAUUUUGCGUUCUAAAAAUUCAAUUUGGAGCACUUUUCAGACCACAAAAACGGAACUAGGCAAAAAUUCUAUCAACAAAAUAGGACCCGAAAACAACGACACAAAGCGAAAAUCCGAAACUAAGCCAAAGACCGAAUCGUAAUCUUUUGAGCACCAAAAUAUACUAAUAUUAAAUGCCAUAGAAUAUACCAAAGAGUAAGGCCAAUAUAUAGUAAAUUACUAAUAUAAAUCUGCCCCUUAAAAUAAGAUUGUAAGCCAAAUCUUUCCAUACUUAUUGUUACAUGGAUGGAUAUGGAUAAGGAUAUUAUAUACUAUCAUCCCAGAGCCAUUUUUGAGUACAUGUAUAAGACUCGAUAUUUUAAAGAAACUUUAAAAUUAAAUUGAAAUAGCUUCAUAAA